AUGGCGACGGGGAAAAGCUACUACGCAAGGCCAAGCUACAGAUUUCUCGGCACCGAUCAGUCAUACUUCGCCGCAACAGAUUCCGGACUCGAAUUCGACGAAUCCGAUCUCUACGCUUCAUCCGGUGGUUCGAUCCACUCAGAUUCGCCGGAUUUUCGUCGCAAAAUCUCUGCAUCGACCCGAUCCGGUAAAAAACCGUCGAAUCGGCCCUCCUCGUGCGCCGUUUCAUCAGCCGUAGCAGCGUCGUCGCUUCCGGUGAACGUCCCCGACUGGUCGAAGAUUCUCCGUGAGGAACACCGAGAUCAUCGCCGGAGAAGCAUCGAGGUUGACGACGACGGAGAUUACGAAGACGGUGGCGAUUGGUUGGAUGCGAGCGGAGGAAGAGUACCGCCGCAUGAGUUUCUGGCGAGGACGAGAAUGGCUUCCUUCUCGGUUCACGAAGGAGUUGGGAGGACAUUGAAAGGAAGAGAUCUGAGUAGGGUCAGAAAUGCAAUUUUUGAGAAAAUUGGGUUCCAAGAUUAA